GACGUUUUGAGGCCAACGAUUCCAAUCACUGAUCACCAAUGAAGUUAAUUGGUCUUACCGGUGGGAUUGCGACGGGAAAGUCCACCGUCUCAAACUACCUAUCUUCUGUUCAUCAUGUCCCGAUAGUAGACGCUGACAUCAUUGCCCGUGACGUUGUAAAACGAAACGAACCCGGUUAUUUUCGAGUCUUAUCCGCAUUUGGCCCUACAGUGGUAGACCCUACCACAGGAGAACUUGACCGACCAAAACUAGGAAGCAUAGUCUUUGGAGAUGCAGAGGCACGCAAAAAGUUGAACAAAGCUACCCACCCGCCUAUCAGAAUGGAAAUGCUGAGACAGCUUUUGUUGUGGUUCAUGAAAGGAGAACGGUUAUGCGUUUUAGAUACACCGUUGCUUUUUGAAGCAGGCUUGAAUAAGUUUGUGCACGACGUGGUUGUUGUGUAUUGUCCUGAAGAAGUUCAAAAAGGGCGACUAAUAUCCCGGGACGUUCUCUCGGCAGAGCAGGCGCAAUCUCGCAUCGAAUCUCAAAUGCCGAUAGAAAAAAAGCGAGAAAUGGCUGAUAUUGUGAUCGACAAUUCGUCUGAUAGGACCAAGACACAACAGCAGGUCGAUUCUGCUAUCAGCAAGUUAAUGCCUAACCGAGCAUGGAACUGGUUAAUUUGGGCGCUGCUGAUAGGACCCGCAGCGGCAGUUUAUGGAGCAUUGACGGCCUACAAAUAUGUGGAAACAGUGAGAGCCAGGUGGGCAGCGAACCGCGCAACGAGCGAGAAGUCGGAAAAGGAUCUAUAGCUUCAAACGGCGCAACUGAAAGGAGGCUCCGCUGGUCAGAAUGUCGUAUGCUGUUCUGUCGGUUGGCCAAUAUGUUCAGUGUCAGUUCAGCCCUUCCGAAUGCUAGCCUUUUCAAGCCAACCAGCGUGCGGGAUACAUUAAACUCCCGCGUAUCACAAUCAGCGUAGGUGCGGUCUGUAUCUUGGGCACGAACGGAGCACUGGAUGACAGCCUUGUCGACAUGACUACAUUUGCACCAGCCAAAAAUCGCUCGUCACUUUAGACCUGUGGUAGUCUGCAUCUGGUCGUCUAUAUACACUGAACUGCAAUGAGCAGAACUGCAAUAUCGCUACAAUGUAGUAUAAUCCCGAUAUCAAUCUACAUAAAUGACAUCGAGAACCAUCGAUCCAAAAAAAGCUGCAAACUCUGUCGCUUGCGCUUCCAAUGCUGACUUGAUGGCAUCGGUAAAGAACACUCCAUCAG